AUGGAUAAAUACGACAAUUCAAAAGGGGUCGGCAAUCAAAAAUCGAUUUACAAGAACCCACUUAAAAUCCGACUUACAGGAUUUGAUAUUGACAAAAAGUCAUUUGAGAUAAACUUUUGGGUGUUUGAUCAUCAUUCAUCAAUGGCGGAAAUGAUUGGUCCGAGGUUAUACUGUUGCUGUAAUUGUCGAAAUCAUGUUGCCCUUCACGAUGAUGUUAUUUCUAAAGCUUUUCAGGGGAGAAAUGGUAGAGCUUUUUUGUUCUCCCAUGCAAUGAAUGUUUCCAUGGGGCCAAAAGAAGACAGACACCUAAUGACGGGUCUCCACACGGUUGCUGAUGUGUACUGCUCUGAUUGUCGUGAGGUGUUGGGAUGGAAAUAUGAACGCGCGUAUGAAGAAUCACAAAAGUACAAGGAAGGAAAAAUCAUUCUUGAGAAGUCCAAAAUUGUGAAAGAGAAUUGGUAGUGAUGAAUUUUAAAUCCCUUUUUCAUAUUCUAUGAAAUGUCUAGUUUGUGUUGAUGCUAUCCAAUAAUAUAUUGUAUUUGAUUGGAAAGUGUUUUCUUUGUUAACCUUGCAUUAAUGGAAGUCUAUGAACAAGUGAACAGCUUUUGUUUUUUUGUUCUUGUAAAUCAAAGGGUGUAAAUGAAAUGAUCUCUCAUCAUUUGGUAUGGUGAUUCUUUUAUGUAUGUAAUCUGUGUUAUUUCUCAACAAAAAAAGAAAC